AUGUCUACAAGAUCAGAGGGUGACCAUAAGAGUGGUUCAACGUCCUCCGGUGUGACCGUUCGCUCAUUUAAAGAGCUUUGGUGUGGCAGUGGCCCCAAAACGUCGGACAAGACUGGGGCUACUGAUGUAUUGGGAGUUGCUCUGCGUGACUCUGGUAUCCGUAAGUACCCAAGUGCUACGUUCAUCAUCUAUGACCAGGUGACCUUGGAUGAUGAUAUCACUAAAACGACAUGGUGUAACAACAUACCACAACUUUACGAGCACUACUCCUCGUAUGGUGACCUAAACUAUUUCAAGGCGUUGAGGGAUUCGAUGUAUACGUCGAGGUUUCCUACGGCCUUCCAAAACUUGGUUCAGGAACUCCAAGUUAAGCACUCCUUACCCAUCCCUGUCAUUGUUUGCCUUCUUCUGCAUGAGGCGUACGUUGGUGGUGAUACUGCUCUCAAGCAACGAACUGAGGCUAUUACUGUGCGAAUUCUCCUGUCCGAGAACCCUACUGACUAUCACACUGUCCUCACUGAGGUGAGCAGACAUAACGGCCUCGUAUCAUCCCCUCUUUUGGACCUAUCGGCGGUCACCAGUGAUGCUCUACCGGGUCUAUCAACAUUAUCUGAUGAUGACGCAUGGUGUGCCUUUCUCUACAUCCUGUCUAAAUCAUGGUGUUCUUUGUCGACCACUUCUACAAACCCUACCUCUGUAAGAGACUCGUGGUCGUCGAUAUCUCAGAAAGAUCAAGAAUGGGUUGAGACCUUCCUGGCAAGAGAAUCUGAUGUGUGGAAUGAGAUGGUCUCAUACUACGAGUACAAGCGUAUCCCACCGCCCAGUGAAUAUGAUCGAGUCAUCCAGGUCAUAAAGGGUGUCAAGGGCGCGGUACGCACAUCUCUAUCGGAUGAUCUGAGAAGGGAAAGGGUCCUUGUUGAAGACAUUUCCUAUGCGGACAUCGUUGGGAGACUUCUAGACAUCGAGGCCAGGAGCUUAACCUACUAUCCAUGGGAGAGCACCAAGAAAUCUGAGUCCAAAGGAUCUCGUCCUAACCAGUCGAAUGCGGCAGCGGACGGUACCACCUCCCCUUCGGCUACCGGGCUGAAGCCCCAUGAGAAGUCGUCAAACAACAAGGGUCCCAAGAAUGAUCGGUGGUGCGACAUCUGCUCGAAGUAUGGUAAGCACACUACCGAGCGGUGCUGGGAGAAUCCUAAUACUACUGCUACCAUACCCGAUUGGUUCAAGAACAAAUCCUCUAAGGCUUCUACCAAGGAGAAGUCCGACAAGCCGGUUAAGCCUGCUGUUACUGUGAAGGAAGAGGGGAGCGAGCCAAGCUCUGGUGGUCCUGAGGAAUCGCAACCGCGAUACAACCUCAGAAAGACAGAGCCCAAGAACUACAAGCCGGCCUUUUGCACCAGCCCUUCGCGUUCUUGCUCAGCUGAGACCCCUCUAUCAGCUCUUGGAUUUAGAGCCUAUCUGACUGAUGAGAACUCCGGUUACAACGACCACCCCUCUACUGUUGUGGCCAUCGAUUCCCUCUGCAUACCCAACCUUGUUGAUAGCUCGCGAGUCGAGAAGGGUUGGAGCACCGUCCGUUAUGAUGGAGCUAGCUAUAUAUCGUCCUCUGGCCACUCCCUCGACAUCAAGGCAGCUGUUGUGGUACCGGUCACUGUCUAUCCGAUCGACGAUGAAUCCGGAUGUUCGAUCGGCCCAAGAACCUUCACCGUGCAGGCUCUGGUAGUGGAAAUGAGGUCCGUGCUGCUCAACUGCGGUCUCAUACUCGGUUCUGACUCGCUGGAAAAAAUGGGGGCCGUUCUAUCCUUCUCGAGCAAGACGCUCUCAGUACGGGGUAUCGGCAUCAUCAAGAUAGCUUCUCUAUCUGCUGUUCCUCGUCCCAUCUGUAGCAGCCUGCCCACUGCAAAGUCCCUAAACGAUGCUGACAUGGACCCUAUCGAGGAGAGAUUCGAGAACUCUUCUCUAGAAGAGGUGGUCGACUUCUGUAGGGACAAGCUAGAAGGAGCAUCUCUGCCUGCUCUCGACUUCGAGCUACGGCACGGUACUACCCCCUAUCAGUCCCCAUCAAGUUGGAAUGUACCAGCGGAUCUCGUCGAUGCCACACAUCGUACGAUCAACCGGGAGAUAGAGACCGGCCACUGGGUGGAGCUGGAGCCAACAAGCCUGGAGGCGGACGCUUGGGUCUCCAACGCCUUUGUCAAGCCUAAGGGUAGACUGGACAGUGAUGGUUUCCAGGAGAUCCGGGUUUUACUUGACCUUCGAAGGUUGAAUCAGGCUGUGGACGUUCCGUCACAUCUCAAGGAUGGCCCACUGUUGCCAAACCCCGAGGAUUUCAUCCGCAACAUCCCCAAGGGGACCACCCACUAUUCGCUGGUUGAUAUCUCGUCGGCCUUCCAUGGAUGCAAACUCUCGUCGAGGGCCUCUCGGCUACUCACAUUCUGGCUAUGUGGGCGGCUCAUCAGAUCACUAACCUGCUCUCAAGGUCUGGCCCUAUCUGCUCUUUACUGGGGGCGUCACUUGUGGUCGUCGUUUGAGCUCAUCUUCACUCACUGGUGGCACCGCUGGCUCUCUAUUUUUGUGGAUGACCUCUUGAUAAGGGGACCAUCCGAGGCCCGGACCCGUCUCAGACGUAAACUGAUAACGGGGGCCUUGAUCGCUAUGAAAAAGGAGGUCAGUCAAAAAGUGCCAGACACCGUCGACACCAAGAUCGAUGUGGUGGGUCUACACUUCGAAGAUGGCUCCUAUCGUCUCUCCGAUGCCAACCUGGCCAAACUAAUUGCUGCCAUGGAGGCGGCCCCGAAGAACGGUGAAGAGCUGAGAAGACUAUGUGGAACACUUAACUGGAGUAUAUCCGCUUUUGAGACGGUUCACUUCAAUGACUUCGCCAAGGAGAUGAAGACUCUCAACAGCCUGAUAAAUGUUAAACCGUUCCGUUGGAAGGAUAGUAAAGGUCCGGAAGCCCUGGACAACCUGAGAGAGCUCAUGAAGCCCCGGAAUCUUGCUCUUCAUGGCAUGAAUGAUCUCGUGAACGGCGAUUCAAGUGGCCAUGUCUGGGUGGUUCACAGCGACGCCUCGGAUGUCGCAGUGGGGGCCGGUCUCUUCCGGGCGUCAGCCGACAACUUCUACGGGCACGAUGAUGAUAUUGAUGAGCGUAUGCAGGGCGCAGUACUAGUUUCACUCUACAGUAAGGCUCUGUCAUCGUCAUCUCUCAACUGGAUGACGUUCGAGAAAGAGUGCUAUGCCCUAUAUCUAGCUGCGAAGAAAUGGCUUCCUCUGUUCAUCUCAACUACAAGGAACUCUAGUAGAAGCUCUCCUGAUAGACUGGGCCCGCCAAUAACCUUCUUGACCGACUCGACUACCGCGUUGAAGCACUGGUCUACUUUCACCUCCAGCCAGGACCCGUUCGGCAGCCUCAAGGGACAACGGUUUCUCUCAUGGGCUAGUAAUAUAUCUGCCCUAGCUUAUGUUGACCACAACAUAGAGCAUCUUCCAGGCUCAUCCAAUACCCUAGCGGAUAUGCUAUCCAGGAUCGGCCAUGACUUCCUGAAGACAGCUGCGGCGGAGAGCAACCUAUCCAGGCCGGUAUUCUCCUGCCUAUCGGUUCCUGAAGAUCACCAACUGGACUCGUCUGAUGAUAUCUCGGUCAUGGCUCAAGCUCUAUCCAUAGACGAAUCGGUCUUCCAAGGAGUUAAGAUCCGGGAGAUAUACGCAUACCCCGAGCUUCAAGGGGGCACUAUAUCUGCCUUUGCCAAGACGAAGAUUGAAGCCUGGUACUGCUCCGGACUCUUCAAGAAGGUCGACGACGUCCUCUAUGUAUUAGAAGUUCUGUUGACCCCUUCGGUAGAUAAUGAUGAGACGAAUUCCGAGUCCAGCACAAAGCACUACGUCUUGGUUGUACCUGAAGGUUGCCCUCCUAUUGGCUCCUUGUGUCACACAGGGGUCGGCUCUCUUAAGCAGCAGGUGAUGUACCUUGCUCACGACACCAUCAUGUCCGGUUCUACACAUCAUGGGAAGUCAGCCACCAUCGAGAACAUCUCCAAGUCAUAUUGGUGGCCAGGACUAUCGUCCUCAGUUACCAACUACAUCGCGAGAUGCCCAGUGUGUGCCCAUGAUCCUAGGAAGAGUGUGAAACAAUCCCCAAUGAGGACUCCACCUGCCACGGCAAGAUUCAAAUCUAUUCAGAUCGACCACAAGGAGAUCCCUGAUGCUAUAAAGGUGAGGUUGAAGGACCUCCCGAGGACGGCGUGUGUCUUAAAUAUAGUCGAUCGCUACACAGGCUUCAUGGCGUGCGAGCUAGCUAAAGAUCACUCUGCCAAAGAAUCGGCCUUCUUACUGGUUCGCCGAUGGUUCAGCAGAUAUGGUCCCUGCCACGAGCUAUGUAGCGAUAAUGGUUCAGCCUUUGUGGCGUCUCUCUCUUCUGUCAUAUCUGCUAUGUUUGGGUAUCGAUUGAAGUACUCUCUACCCCGGCAUCCACAGGGGAACAGCAUGGUGGAGAGAGCUAAUUCAUCCCUAUCCCUAUGCUUUCGUGCUGUCGAGGAGAGUGGUGACUGUGAUACCGCAAGCGAUCUCAGUAUACAUAUCGGUAACGCCGAGUUCUCCCAUAACCUUCGCAACGGUGCCUUCAGAAGAGUUUACGGUGAGGAUAUUCCUUCAGCCUUAUCUCUCUUCAAUGUGGCAACUCUACGAAGAGGUCAGGUUGAAGGACACGUGGUGCUUGAUGACAAGACUGAGGCCGACCUCGUGAAGCAAGUCACAUUAGGCUGUACUCUACACUGCCAAGAGUAUCAGGUUGAAAGGCAGCUACGUGGGCACUACAAUCUAUUCAGUAGGGUAGCGGCUAGUGCAACUAAAUCCGGAUCCAAACCGGUGUUCACCAUAGGAGAUAAGGUGAUCUAUGAGGGGACUGACGAUGUAGUCACAGCUAUAUCCUUCUGCCGAGUGACAGGCAGGCCUAUGUCACUAAAGCUUGCCAGUGGUUGUAAGGUCUCGCCGGAGUCCUGUUCCUUCGGUGGUGAUGACAGAGUGAUCUCGCAGCCAACGCUCUCAGCGAGUAGGGUCCGUCCAGAAGGUGAUCAAGAACAAGGCCCGGAAUUCUCUGCGGGAGACCGUGUGGUUUUUCUGGCUGAGGCUACUGAUGCCAACAAGUAUUACUCCAUAGAAGUGUUUCCUCCCAUUGUGGAUCUCGACGAGUACAUGCUCUAG